AUGCAGUCUAGAGACGGUAAGUGCCAUGAGCGCUGGUCAUUCCUUACUCAACUCGGAAACCAACUCCGGCUCCGAUUGAGCUUGGAUCGCAUGCAGCACAAAAUGGUGGACACUAAUUCUGUUCUCUGCUUCUCACACAGCCUGCCUUUCAUCGCCUCCGAGUCAUGGAGUCCGCGCAAGCACCACCUCAGCCAUCACGCCUUUUCCGAUGUCUCACCUGCAUCAAUACCAAGCUUUGUCAUUUUGCGAGGAUCGCUGGUCAGAGUUUUUUCCAGCCAGUGGACUCGGGCAGAUCAACCGAGCGGUCAUGUUGGGUUCUUUUUCCCGAAAAUACGGAAUGAUUUUUGA